AGCCAACCAAGCAAACUAUAUACCAUUGCACAUUUUGCAACGGAGCUAAGCUUAGCUAGAGCAAGAGAGGUUUGUACGAUGGGGAGUGGGAAGAAGAGGGCGGCGCUUGCGUCCCUGUUCGGGUUCAAGAACAAGAGACAGGAGGAGGAAGAGGCCCCGGCGGCGAGGCGACAGCAGCAGCACGCGGCGGCAGCACCACAGCAGAGGUACCAGCAUCACAGGGUGCGGCCGAGCGACGACGACGACUACGCCCGGCACUGGUACGCCGAACGCGACAUCGACCGGAAGGCCUCCGAGUUCAUCGACAAGGUUCACCGCCGGAUGCUCGCCAACGAGCAAGACGGAUAGCCACCGGCCGGCCGUGCCGCCGGUGUCGUAUAUAUAUGUACGUAGUACCACGGUACCAGCAUGCCAAUGGAUCUAGCUAGAUCGUGCAUGCAGGGUAUGCAGCACUUGCGUGCAUUUGUGUGUGUGUGUGUGUGUCGUGUGUGUGGGUGUGGGGAUGCGUCUGUCUGUGAUUAGUUGCUUUGUUUUGAUUGGGUAUGUCUUGUUUUGUUGUUUCUAUGUUGUCGGAUGUACAUGUAACUGGAUUGUGUGGGU